GAUGAUCUUGCAGAGGAGCUUGUCAGCCUUUAUUUUCGCUACGCUCAUGUGGCAUUCCACAACAUUUUUCACCAACCCUCAGUUGAGGCAGGGCUCCGCACGGGAACAUUGCCCGCUGUCCUUCUCUUGUUCAUGGCGAGUCUGUCAGGCAGAUUUUCUACACAUUCGUCUCUAGCUGAGAUACCCAUACGAGAAAGAGGACUGCCGUACUGGAUGGAGGCGGAGAAACUUAUCGACUUUUACUCUACCUCGUUGUUAACAAUUCAAGCUUGUAUCAUGGCGGCAGCCUAUCUCAGCAUUGAGGGCGACAGCAAUUCCGAGUCAGUCUUCCUAAGCGUUGCGUGUCGCAUGGGCUUGGUAUUAGAUCUUCCAAAUGCAGCAGUUGAAACGCGUCUGGAACGAGACCUGAACCUAAGAGUGUGGUGGUCCCUUAUUGCUAUAGACACUUGGUCCUCGGGUUCGCACCAGAUUCCACGAGCUAUGCCUGUGCGGCAUGGCGUUCAUCUACCUAUGGAUGAACAUUCUUUCGCCAAUGUCCGGCCCGAUGAACCAGUACGGGAUGCCAACUCACCAAAAUCGCCAUUCGUUGAUCCUGAGCCGUCCAUAUUCGCCCAAAUGAUACCGCUGAAUCAGCUGCUGUACCGCAUAUUUGAAUUUAGCAGUCAGGUACUCCGAAAACCGGCAGAUACUGACAUAGCCGACGAAACAAAAGAGCUCUACGCCUCUCUUGAAGACUGGUAUGACAAGCUGCCCCCUUCAUUGAAGGACACUCCUGAGAAUCACUCUUCGUGGGCGCGAAAGGGCAGUGGGCGUAAGUAUACCAUUCUUCACAUUAAUCAUCGUUACGCGGGCCAGCUCUUGCUCUUUCGUUUUCUCUAUAUAUGUCAGCAGCGCAGCGACCUCCCGGCCAAUGAUCCGCGGCAGCUGUACGCAGCAAAGUGCAAAGCCCAUGCAGCCGGUCUCUGUGAGCUACUACGACGUGCGGAUGAUACACCUGGAAGUGACGUCAGGUAUCCUUUGAUCGCUCAUCUUUUAGUUGUGGCAUCGACGAUUCAAUUAUUCACCCUCCUGUUCAGCCCUGAUGAAGAGGAUAUAUCGCGAGCAAAGCAACGGUUAGAGCAGAACUUUGGCCGAUUGUCAAGACUGCAGAAAUACUGGCCCAAUCUCGAUGCAUCGGUUGCCAAAUUCGAAACCUUCCACCUUGCAUGCAAGGCGGGGGAGCUCGACGUUUUCCGCAUGGACCGGUGGCUGCUGAAGUUCAUGCUUGACUAUACUACAGCGGUUUCAAAAAGCAGGGAACAUGAUCUCCGGUGGCUGAAGGGCCCU